AUGCCCAAAUCGCCCACUAAAUCUGUGACGGCCACUGAUGCCAUGGAGGCGACCCCCAGAUACAACACGCGUGCCGUCUCUAGAAACAGGAGGCUGCGGGCCAACGCGAAGGUACACCAGCUUCGUGAGAGGACGCCGCGCGGCAGGAGAGUCAGAGAGAUGACGCACGUCAAUGGUGUCGCUCCCGCGACACGGCAUGCGAAGGAAAAGACCCGCCAGCAGCCGACUCCGCGCAGUGCAAUGCGCAAACAUUCGGCCUUUACAGCGAUGCACAAGAGAUUCGGCUUUGCGCGCUCCAGCCACGUCCGCUCCCAGGCUGGCUCCAACGGUGGCACGACGAACGCUGACGGCGAACGUGAGAUCGACAAGGGAUCCAACUACGCGUCAACGGAUGCCGAUGGUGACUCCACGAUGGGCGACAACGACCGGGGCGAGAUAGAUGACAACGACGUGCCCGACCGCGUGCAGUGGCGCCGCCCCGCCGGUUUCAGACGGGGUGGCAUGCUGGGCCACAACGUCUAUCUCAAUCCCAUGCUUCAACACCAAGCUGCGCCCGGCGGACGCUGGAGGUUGGAAGACCCGAUGGCAGGUAACAUGCAGGCCAACGACUUCAUCUUCCCCAAAAUACUGGGCGAACCCAUCCUAGACUUCGAUGGACCGUUCGGGCUUGGCCAGCGGCAAGCUCUGUUCGGUCCUGCUGAAGCUGCAAUGGCUCAGAUGCUCGGCGCUCCCAUCGCCGGUCAAUCCUUCCAGGGCAUGAUGGACCGGUCAACUAUGGGUGCAGGCUUCCAGCCGUUUGCGGGCGCACAGAACCAACAGUUCUGGGAUAUGGGGAUGCAGCCUCGUCUUGGGAUAGCGAACAGGCAGCUCGCGGGCACACACAACCAGCAACAGUUCAUGGAUCCACUUCAGCAACUCGGCGGGGUAAGGAACCAGCAACUCUUCGGCGCUGGAAACCAACAAGUCCCCCGCGCAGUACAUCAAUGGAACCAGCGUGGUAUCGCACCUGUGGUGAACCGACCAGUCGUCGGCGCGGGUGGCAAUCCAGCCGUCGGUGCUGACAACGGUCUCUUCUUGGGCGGUGUCAUGGUAUGA